ACAAGGAAGUGUACAAAGCAAAAAUGCGAAAUUGAGGCGGCUAUCUAACGAAAAACACGGGACACUGAAGUAGACACAUCGGACUGAUUUGGUUUUCUUUGCACGCUGAGGAAGGAAAAAUGUCCAUUGCAAAUCCAAAACAAACGGUGUUAAAUCCGACGAUUCCUUUCGCAGGAACGAUUCUAGGCGGAUUGCAGCAUGGCGAGAUGGUUCUAAUUCAGGGUGCAGUUCCCAGUGAUUCAGACAGGUUCCAGCUGGAUCUGACAUGCGGAAGCAGCACCAAGCCGCGGGCAGAUGUGGCCUUCCACUUCAACCCUCGCUUCAAGAGGUCGCCCUGCAUCGUGUGCAACACAUUACAGAAUGAGUGCUGGGGCAAAGAGGAGAUCCAUUCCAAGAUGCCUUUCAGAAAAGGUGCAGCAUUUGAAAUCAUCAUCCUGGUUCAGAAAGAUGUAUUCAAGGUGGCAGUGAAUGGCUCUCACGUUCUGGAGUACAGACACAGACUGGACCUGGCAAAGGUGGACACACUGCUGAUAUCUGGAAAGGUCACAAUCCAGGCCAUUGGCUUCAUCCCCAAUGUGAGCUCAGCCCCACCUACCCCAUCUAUUGUGAUGAGCAAAGUCACAAAACCCAAUGCUCUAUUUUCAGAGUCAGGUGACUUGAAUGUGCCCUACAAAGGCAGGCUGGAGACUGGUAUCAGCCCAGGAAACACCCUAACAGUCAAGGGGAAGAUUGGUGUGUAUCCGCACAGUUUCACCGUAAACCUUCGCGUCAGCGAUUCCGAAGACAUAGCCCUGCAUCUCAGCCCUCGCAUCAAGACCGGUGUCUUCGUGCGGAACUCCUACCUGGACGAGCGUUGGGGACCAGAGGAGAUUGCGCUACCCAGCUUCCCCUUCUCCCCGGGGGAAUACUUUGAGAUGAUCGUGCACUGCGAGGAGCAGAAGUUCAAGGUGGCUGUGAACGGGGUCCACCUGCUGGACUACAAGCACCGGGUGCAGGACCUAAGUCGGGUCAACCAGCUGGAGAUCGUGGGUGACCUGCAGCUUCUGGAUGUUAAGCUGUGGUGAUCCACCUUUUCUCACACCCCACACCACCUAACCUGUCUGAAACCUCCUUUAAACCUCUGUGUUCCUUCCUAAACCAAACCCCAUCCCCACAUCCCCACACUUCACCCCACAUCAAUGUGAAUAUUAUAAUUUUUUGCCUUUAUGUAAAAUGCAUUUGAGAGUGAUUACCAAAUUAGCUGUCUUCGCAAACCUACACAUAUCAGUGCCUAGCAUGGUUCAAUUCAGUUUCUACAGUGGGAGUCUACGUACUUCCAGUUUGCAUGCUGAAAGUUGUAGGCCAUAUUUACUUCUCAGUAACUGUUAACCAGACCAGUCAGCCAUUUGGCUAAUUUGGAGUGUGAGUACAUUAUAUUGAAAGGCAGAAAGAUGUUUUUACAAAUAUUUUCAUUGAUGUAGGUUGAGUGUGUGUGGGAUGUGCAGUUUUCCCCCUCAAUUUAACCCAUUACCUUUACACAUGUCUUCAUACAUUUUGAAUCACGACUGACUUACAGACCACACAAAAGUGUUUAAAAAUGUUUUUGAAGCAGGAGACUUACUGAAUGUAACUGGCAAAUUAUGAGCUGCCCAUAUGGCUCACCCACUAGAGUCCCCCAUAUCAUUAACAGAAAGGCUGCCCAAACCUUAUACUCUUAAUGACUGGCUCACCUAAAUGCAGGACAGCAGAUGUAUACACACUUACUGGUAUGUCAUUGUACAUAGUGAUAGAACUGCACUGUUUUCUUGUAGGUUUGGUUGUGGUAGGAGGCUUGUUUGAACAAACCUGUCUGGUUAAUGUUCAUUCUAAUUUGCCUCCUUGCAUGUUUGUAGCAUUUGACUUGUGACUUGCUUUCACACCUUUCCUGCUGUCUAGCCGUUAAGUAUUAAUAACGGGUAUAUUUACAUACACCUGUUUCUUACCAUCCUUCAGGUGGUGGAACCCAGCUCAGUUUUAUAAGAUAUUUGGCAAACUAAAAAGCACAGCUUUUAUGAGUAAACAGAUUUGUAUGAAUUUGUGGGAGAGUGUUCAGGGCUCCAGAUCGGUGGUCUUACAGCUAGGUAAGAUCCACAUAUCGAACCCCUGCAGAAGACACCUCAUCCCACCCAAAGAGAGAAAAAAAAAACCCAUGAAAUGUUGUAUUUUGCUAUAUAUUUCUUAAAUAUGUAAAAAUAUAUGCAAAAUAUUAAAAAAAUUGGCAGUUUUCAUAGCUUUUUAAAUAUAAGUAAUAUAUUUGAGGGAGAAUCAACAUAUAUUUAAAAUAUAAAUUGCAAUAUGUAUUUUUUUCCCCGGGUGGCCAGUAGGCCAUGUUAAACAUGAAUGGUUAAAAGUGAUUGAAAAAUGUAUUCCAUUUAAAAAAAUAUUUUCCCUAUCAAAGUAAGUUAUGUGAGGUAGAGUACAGCUCCGAUACUUAUACUGGGUGGACUGUAGUAUUAGCAACAAUGUUUCACUUAAUGGAGGUGCCCGUUUCACCUCAAAAGCCAUACGGACAGACUGACUAACCACAAAGCCUGUGCUUAAUCACUGGGGAAAUCUCAGCUACUUCUAUGCAAGUUUACACACUGCAUUUCCUCAUUGGAUACACCUGACCCGUCACACAGCUCAGUUUGACUUACUGGGGCUGUGGCCUUCCAUUCGUUUACCUUGUUUAUAAAUUGCCAUGGGAAGUUCUUAUGUUUUUUCCAUGACCUUUGUCAGCAUCUGAAAACAACCAUGUAUCAACACUGUACUACAGCAAUAUUCUACAGGCUUCACUACACAUAGAACAGGACUCUAUAAUACAGCAUUACUGUAUGUGUUUCUUUGGUUACCCCAAUAAACUGAAAAAGACAG